AUAGAAACAAAGGUAGACGCGUGCGCAAUCUAACGAGCUGCUGUGCACCGCGAGCUUCUUGUUCCACUUUCUCGAAGGGCAGAGCUGUUUACGCUGCUGGACUUUACGGCGAACCACAGAUUAUGCAGGAGAGCACAGCAGCAGAGUCCGCAGCACAACCAAACGUUCCGGCUGUUCUGACGAGGCCACUGCCGGCUACAACGGCUGCAACCAAAACAGCUGCAGAAGCUGAAGAAGCAGCGUCUCUUGCAGAUGCGUUUCCAUCGCCACUGCGCAUGACACAGCAGUCGGGAAACGUACUGAAGACGCUGAAUUCGGCCGCUUUGUGUGUGAAGAGAAGUACCUCCGUGAAGCUAGACGAAGAUGGUGACGAAAGCGACGGCAAGGAGGCUGACGACAAACCUGCAGCUGUAACGACACAGAUCAACAUAUUCACCAACGCUGCCGUUCCCAAUGGCGGCAAUCAGUUCGCGCAUCCUACCGGGCCGUAUAUACCGCAGACGUCUCCGUCUGGAAGAAUCAUAAUGGUACAGCAGGGUGCGCAAGGAAACACUCCUCAUCAGGCUGGAUUCGAAAUCGCGUUGCAAGACAGGACGGCUGGAUCUGUUCCAGCAUUUGUGGUAGAAGGAACCCAGUACCGUCCUGGAGCCUCGUUAAGUGCUUCCAGCACGACAGAAGGCAAUUACAUUCUUGGCGCUCCUCAAAGUUACCAGAGGAUGACAAGGCCUGAUGUUGUGUUUGUGCAAGUACCGGUACAAGUACCUGUUCAAGGAAGGACGUCUGCAACUAGCUUGCAGGCGGUGCAUGGGAUGGUAACUGGUGAUAUCGCUUUGCCACCUCAGACGUGGAGUUCCACUUGUCAGCAGACGACGCAACCUAUCAUGCAACCAUUCGGGCAAAGUACGAGACAUCCAAUCGAAAGCUAUGGCAGAAAUCACCAGUCGCGCCAAGCAGUGGUUGAUGGAACGCCGAAACAGGUGUCAAAGCAGCAAAUGUUAUACAAAAUGGCUCAACAAGGAUUUUUUCCCGGUGGCUUGCCCACAGCUGAAAGCAUGUUUCUACCCGGGUUUCCUUUCAAUGAUGGAGGAGCAAAGAAGAAAAAGAAGAACAAGGAAACUUCGACUUCGGAAGAAAGCGGUGGAAAAACAGGCGUCGAGCGCCGUAGACGCUCACUACCGCAAGUACGAUGCCAGGAACAACAAACAGACGAAGAACAGAUUCAAGCGGGGAGGACCCAAGACGACCACGCUAUUAGGUUGGAGGUGACUCUAGCGUCACAGAGUACGGACGAACACCCAGAGGACGAAACCAAUCAACUAGACGUUGAACAAAUAGUCAGGUCGUCGAUCCUGGGAAGUAAGGUCUCCACAUACGAGUCAUCUACACAAGAAAAAAAUCCUGCGGGAGGACUGGGCUUUGCCAGAGAGGGAAGGGGCGAUACACCAAGCAAAGUAUCGGUCGCUGGUCGCCCUGGUACGAAGAAAAGGAUCUUGCUCAUCGUUGGUUCCGUCGCUGUUGCUGCCAUGUUAUUACUUCUGGCGUUUGCUGUCCAUAACAAUGUAGCAGAGGCCUCGACACUACCAGCAAGCUCACCAUCAACGAACGGUCAGCGUAUCAUGAGGCAGCAAGCGUUUGUUGAGUAUUCUAAGCUAGCGGGAUUGCGGAAAAAGAAAGAAGCCUACUGGAACCUGUGAUGUCCACUAGAGGGCCGUUUAUCUAAUGCGCCAGUGAAAAAAUCGGUUAUUCGUUGUGUUUUCGUGCUCGUUAAUAAAAUGAUAAAAACCAG